UGAAAGUGCACGCUGCCAUUUUUUAGAUGGCAUCUUUCUGAGUAGUCAAGUUUGAGUAUUACCGCCAUACACUGGAGCGAUUUUGUGUCUUUUGCUUGCAUAUUUUAAAAAUAUUUCGCACGUCCAUCGCGGAAGCGUUGAUUACUUAAAUUUGUAAUUGAAUACUCAAGCUAAGCUUAGGGCUACACUGUUCUGUAGAUGGCUGCUUAGCUCCGCUGGCUAAUGUUAGCCCUGGCUGUAAACAAACACUGCAGACAGUGAAAAAAACUGCAGCUUAUAGCGAGCUCACAUUUUGUAGGUUUGAUGUGUUGAAUAAUCCACUGAGCAAAGGAAAGGACUCAAAAUAAGGAAAACAAGGGGCGGCAACAGUUUGAUGUUGGAUGAAUGUAAGUUGGCGACACAACUUCGGUCUUGAUGACGGUGCGAGUUUGUCUAAUAUAGGUCGGAACUGUGUCGCUUUAGAGCGGUUCGGGUCAGUUGGGUCACAGAGGAAACUUGAACACAUACUGGCAUGUCGUCUUUUUCGGAGUCUGCCCUGGAAAGGAAGCUGACAGAGCUGAGCAGCUCCCAGCAGAGCGUCCAAACUUUGUCUCUGUGGAUCAUCCAUCAUCGCAAACACUCGGCCCUAAUCGUCAAAGUGUGGCACAAAGAGUUGAAAAAAGCCAAAAGCAGCAGAAAGCUUACAUUUCUGUAUCUGGCGAAUGAUGUCAUCCAGAAUAGUAAGAAGAAAGGACCAGAGUUCACAAAAGACUUUGAAUCAGUCCUUGUUGAUGCCUGCUCCCAUGUUGCCAGGGAGGCAGAUGAAGGCUGUAAAAAGCAGAUGGAAAGACUACUGAACAUCUGGAAGGAGAGGAACCUCUACAGAGGAGACUUCAUUCAGCAGCUCAAACUAGCCAUAGAAGACUCCAACAGUCCCAGACCUUCAGAAGAGAAGAAGCCUGUUAAACGAAGCUAUCAGAAGGUUCAGGAAGAAGAAGAUGAUGAAGACGACGACUACAGAAGUCAUGGCUCUCCUCACAACACAGACAUCUCUGCAUCUCAGCUGACAGAGGAGCUAGUGAAGGCCCUGCAGGACUUGGAGAAUGCUGCAUCAGGUGAUGCAGCAGUUCGUCAGAAGAUUGCCUCGUUGCCGCAGGAAGUCCAAGAUGUUUCCCUGCUGGAGAAAAUCACUGACAAGGAAGCAGCAGACAAACUGUCGAAGACCGUUGAUGAAGCCUGUCUGCUUUUGGCAGAAUAUAAUGGACGACUGGCUGCAGAGCUGGAGGACCGUAGGCAGCUAGCUCGCAUGCUGACUGAUUACAUAAGCAGCCAGAGAGAGGCACUGACGGAGAGAGAGAAGAAGCUAGAGGAGUAUAAGCAGAAAUUGGCAAGGGUGACCCAGGUGAGGAAAGAGCUGAAAUCCCAUAUCCAGAGUCUCCCUGAUCUGUCCCUCCUUCCCAAUGUGACAGGGGGUCUGGCUCCCCUUCCCUCUGCUGGAGACCUGUUCUCCACCGACUGAAAAAUUAAUGCCAAGACAAAGUGCUCCAUGAAUCUCUCCAUAAGACUUUAAACAACAGGUUUGGUGAAAUCAAAAUACUUUGAAGAGGAGAGGAAAGACUCUGUCAGCUUGGAUUUUUUUCCAACACUUGCUCAAUGGACAAGGAUUCUGCUCCACCAGCUCAGAAAGAAUUUAUUUCCUGUUUGAUUUUUAUUUUAAACCCUGGACAUGCCAAGUUUCCAGGAGGAUGGAUGGGGUAAAGAAACAGAACUUAGACAUAUGUUGUUUGUAGUAUAUGUCUAUCAAAGUGUAUUUCUGUGUGGUAUGUUUAGAUUUUGCAAGCAAAGAUGGCUUUCAGUUGCAGGCUUCUUAUGGACACACUUUCUGACUGUACAUUUUACAAUGACAUCAUACAAACAUAAUUAAAUGAGUUUUGUUUGACGGUUUCCCCUCUGGUUUUAAGUCUGUAGACUUUGAUUCAGUUUGAAAAUGAUUUUGGUACUAACUUGUGGACUAACACUUAUAUUUAGCGUUUAUAUUUUUUCCUGAUGUUUUUAUUUGUGUCAAUGCAUUGAACAGCUUAAUUAGCCAUAACAUGGAUAUGGUUGAUUAAGUUCAUAAGUGUGUGUUAGAUACUGUUUGAGUAGUACAAAAUAAAUCCCACAAGUUUUUGGAAAAAAAUCACUAAGCUGCCUGGUCUUGAAGCAACUGUGAUGAACUUUAAUUGCCGUGGACCAUUUAAGACAAGACAGUUAAGACAAUGACAGUAAGCUUUGUGUUGUCAGAAGAUCUAGAUUUGCUAUGUGUGUGCAUUUAUUUUGGCAUAAAAAAGAUGCAACUUAAUUUUAUUUAAACUCAGCUGUUUGCAGAACACAUGAGAGUGUAUUGGGCAUACAGUCAUGGAUGAAAGUAUUGGCACCCCUGGAAUUUUUCAAAAAAAUACAC